AGACUCACUUUCUGUAAAAAUGGCGGCCGUUUCGCUAAAUGAGCAAUAAAUACACUGAAUUGUUAUUAAAAACGCUACAAUUCGGUCAUUAGAAGCUCUUUUUUUUCCCGGUAGCAAUAACUAAAUUUAGCUUAAAGUCUCUCAUAGUGGAAAAAAGAAACUAAAAUUUGGAAUAAACAUUACGAAGAUGCAUCGUAGAGGUGUUGGUGCGGGGGCGAUAGCCAAAAAGAAGCUAGCAGAGGCCAAAUAUAAAGAAAGAGGAACUGUUCUCGCAGAAGAACAGAUCGUGCUAAUGUCGAAACAGUUGGAAACCUUCAAGUCCAACCUGGAGGAAUUCGCCAGCAAGCACAAACAAGAGAUCCGCAAAAACUCCCUGUUCAGGGUCCAGUUUCAGGAAAUGUGUGCCACCAUCGGUGUUGACCCGCUCGCUUCUGGCAAAGGUUUUUGGUCUGAGAUGCUCGGAGUCGGGGAUUUCUACUAUGAGCUCGGUGUGCAGAUCAUCGAAGUAUGCCUCGCCCUGAAACACAGGAAUGGAGGGCUGAUCACUCUGGACGAGCUCCAUCAAAGAGUGCUGAAGGGGCGCGGUAAAUACGCUCAGGAUGUGAGCCAAGACGAUUUGGUCCGAGCCAUCAAGAAACUGAAGGUGAUGGGAAGUGGGUUUGGGAUGAUCCCUAUAGGUGGUUCUUAUCUGGUCCAGUCGGUCCCGGCAGAACUCAACAUGGAUCACACUGUAGUUCUACAGCUGGCUGAGAAGAAGGGCUUUGUGACGGUGAGCGAGAUCAAAAACAGCCUGAAAUGGGAGACGGAACGAGCCUGUCACGUCCUGGAUCACCUGCUGAAAGAAGGCUUGGCCUGGCUGGACGCUCAAGCAGCCGGAGAGGGUCAGUACUGGCUGCCGGCGCUCUUCUCAGAGCUCGCCUCUCGUGACGUCACGCCCGAGGAGGCCAGUCAGAUGACUCCUUGAGACGUUACGAGCGGAGCUGGACCCGAGACGUGGAAGACAACGUGCCUGGAGGACGGAACGACGCGCUCAUCACGGAGCGAGAAACCUGCUUAGCUUUAGGUGAACGGCGGAGCAGCACAGGUCUAAAGAUGUAAAUGUUAAUUUUCUUGUACAAAGAACUUUGAAAGAACACGUUUGCACCAACUUUGCUGUCA